GGUGCAGGGAGCGAGCCCUGGCGCUGCUCGUGGGUGGUGUGCGUGGAGCGGGGCUGCGGGCUCCGGUGAAAAGCGUCCUUUGUCUUCGUGUUUGGUUUCUUGCUUUGUUUUGGGUUUUUUUUCGCUGGGGUUUGAAAGGGUAUUUGGGGGCAUGUUUAGGCUGGAAAUAAGGGGGGUUCUGUUUGUAUUGUUCGCCUGACAAAAGACCCUUCUGUCGCGCUCAGUAAGUUGUGAAGCCUUUUGCAGGUUUCUGAUAAAUUUUGGGGGGCAAGACGGGUCUCGGCAUAACUCGGCAACUCGGGGUUUGGGGCGGAGGAGGGAGGCCACGGCUGGCGGAGCAGGCUGAGCGUGAACACGGAGUCGCCUCUGGGGUUUGGCCUGCCUGUUGACCCGUGUGUGCGCGCAGGUGUCCGCCGAAUGAUCGGCGUGUGCGUUUGUAAACGCGGAGCACGGCAUUGCUCACCUGCUCCGUGAAGGAGGGCUCUGAGCUGGCUGUGCCGUCUCUCCUCGUAUUUGGAGAAUACAAGAAUUUGGAGGGAGGGUAAAGGAAAGUAUUGGUUAAGGGUUACAGGCGUGAGAUCUAGGGUUGAGCGCAUGUCCUGUGGUUGUAUGCUGUGCAGAUACAAAACCAAGCCUCUUUACUGUUGCUGAGCUGGUCACAAAAUAACCUGUUGCUCCUAGGGAAGGAUCCUAGAGGUAUUUCCAACCUUGCGUUGUUAGAAGUAUCGUGUGUAGGAGCAGUGUGGUUUGGUUUUUUCAAUGGUGUUUUGAUACAGACUUUAAAAGGUAAGUCUAGUAAUGUACUUGUUGAAAGUUAUGUUGUCUGGAAAACUGGAUGCGCCUUCUAAGGUAGAGGUUGCCCCUUCAUGAACUUGGAAAGACAAGUGGAGAGAAGCGAAUGUUUCCAUUAAUUAUUGUCUGCGAUGAACUUCAUAUGCAUAAUUAGUUAAUGUACAUUCUUCGGUCUUCAGUAUUUUUUUUUUUUUCCCCACUACUGGUUAGUUCAGGAGUAUAACUGUACUGGUUGGAAGUGAGGGAUGUUACUCUCCCUGACCUUACUGCUGAAGAGCAGUUAAACAACCGAGUGUUUCCUUCAGUAAGCGUUGGAAGUAGCAUCUUCAGGAGUCCUUCCUAAUGUAAAGUUGGUAUUAACGAGGAUUCUAACUGGUAAUUUGGGAUUUUAGUGAAAAACGUUCAACUCCGUAAAUAGUUGCUAAAAAUGGUGACUAAUUUGUUUUUUGCUUUUCAAGGCCUCACAGAACCGAGUUGUAUGAGGAUCCUCCGUCACCAUGCUGCCCUAUCGUAUAUUCUCCAGACUACAACAUCACGUUCAUGGGACUUGAGAAACUGCAUCCAUUCGAUGCAGGGAAAUGGGGAAAAGUAAUCAAUUUCUUGAAAGAAGAAAAACUAAUUGCAGAUGACUUCAUUGUACAGGCACGGGAAGCUACUGAUGAAGAUCUCUUGGUUGUUCACACAAGGCGCUACCUUAAUAAAUUAAAGGCAGGAAAACUUGCUGUUGAUAGAGGCUGGGCGAUCAAUGUGGGUGGUGGUUUUCAUCACUGUUCAAGUGACAAAGGUGGAGGAUUUUGUGCAUAUGCUGAUAUCACACUGGCUAUAAAGUUCUUAUUUGAAAGAGUACAAGGGGUAUCUAAAGCCACAAUUAUUGAUCUGGAUGCUCAUCAGGGAAAUGGCCAUGAGAGGGACUUUAUGGAUGAUCAUCGGGUAUAUAUUAUGGAUGUGUACAAUAGAUAUAUUUACCCAGGGGAUGGAUUUGCUAAACGUGCCAUAAAACGCAAGGUGGAAUUAGAGUGGGGUACAGAGGACACAGAAUAUCUUCAGAAGGUACAUACUCACGUGGAAGGAGCAUUAAAUGAAUUAAAACCUGACAUCAUUGUUUAUAAUGCUGGGACUGAUAUUCUGGAUGGCGAUCCUUUGGGAGGACUAGCUAUUUCACCUCAGGGAAUUGUGAAGAGAGAUGAAGUCGUGUUCAAGGCUGCCAGAAGGCGCAGAAUCCCAAUCCUGAUGGUGACGUCUGGAGGCUAUCAGAAGAGGACAGCGCGGAUUAUUGCUGAUUCCAUCCUUAAUUUGCACAACCUGGGGCUUAUCGACAAGGAGCUAGCAACCAGUGGAGCUGAAAAUCCCAAGGUAGAGCAGAUGAUUAGAGACUCUGCUAAAGACUUAACCAACUUGUCACUGCAAUGACAAGUUACUAAAUUUUAGGAAACAACUUCCUGGUUUAGGAGCAGGAAGUCUCCACAUCAUUAUCAGGGUUAAUAUAACAUAUUUAAAAAAGACUCAGCUUGCCUGUAAAAUAACACAGUAGAGAUAACAUGCAGUCACAGAAUAGCUCUGUCUAACUUCUGAAGCUAUCUUGAGUAAAGGCAGCAAAUUCUUUUAAGCUAAUUGAGACACAUACUCAAGGGUACUGUCUUUCUAUUGGAAUUCUAUUAUAAUAUUACUGUAGAAAGCUUUUAAUUGCUUCUCUUAUUGUUAUGGGUAGUCUGUUAUGUUGAAAGAACUAUGCAGCUGGUAUCCAAAAACCGUCCCAGACCUAUUUUGGAUGAUGCAGUUUGAACUGUGGUGGGAGAAAUACAGACUAAAGCUACUGGCAUUUUUCUUUAGAUACUGCAUUUUAUUUAUUGCUUUUUCUAUUGAAAUACUGUUAUAAGAUGAGUUCUGUGCAGGCUUCAACUGUCAGUUUAGUAUUAAAGUUAAGUGCAACACUAUAAAAAACAGUUCAGUUGGUAGGUUUUUGGGCUGUAGCCUAUUAGAAUGAAAGUUCAUUAAUUUAUAUUUUAUUCCUGUUGUUGAUAGUGACUUAAAUCCUACUUAUAAACACCUUGAGAAAUAAAAUACGAAAUGCCUUUGGCUCCAUAUGCAAAUGAGCCAGAAGGGCUCAGCAUUAGCAGUCUAGUUUUUGCCUCUCUUAAAAUGAGGCCUGCAUAUAAAAGGCAAUAGUUACUAUGCAUCGUAAAUCACAGAGUAAAUAAACUACAAUAAAAUUAAAACUAAUUUUAGACUUCUGAGAAUUCUUGCAGAAAAUGUUAUGUAGAAAUGUAGGGUAUCUUUUGUUAUUGCUAACCUGUAAUGUAUAAAAGUGAAGGGUAAAUUUUGAUUUCUUUUUUUCCCAACUAGUGCUGUGGUUUUUUUCACUUGCUCGAAGAGUAAUGGUACUCAUAGUUGCAGUCAUAGUUGGUAACCAAAUUGUUCAUAUUUACAGAUAAAAAUACAGUGAAAUUUCUGCAUUAAUUUAAUGUGCUAACUUUAUAUGGGAGCUUCUAGGAGGAUUUGGGAACAAAAUAGUUUAUUCAAAAGCAAAUUCAGUACACUAACUGUAAAGUUUGGUUUUAUUUAAGUUGGUAUAUUUUGCAUUAGGUACUGUUUGUAGCAUUGGGUCGUAAACGUACUAAACUGUAUAUUUUGCAAGAGCUUUUUUAAAUUCCAAGUAUUCACUGAUUUGUAGUAAAAGUUUCACAUCAUGUUUAGGUUUGAGCCUUCCUAUGAAGGAACACCAGGAUUUUCCUUGUAGUAGAAUUGGUAUGUAAGCUAUUUAAGGAAUGUUUAAUUCUAAUGAGAAUACUUACCUCUCUUAGUGUUAAUUUUUAGAUUGAUGGGGUUUGUUAAUUGUAUGAACUUGCACAAUUGCUAUAAAUAUCUGCUUUAAAACAGAUUUGACAUAUUGCACUAAUCUUGAGUUGCAACACUGUUAUUAAAAAGCACUUUUAAAUUUCUUACUAGAAGGACCAUCAGAGUACAACUAAUGUUGAGAUUUAUUUUUUCUAUACUGUCUGAUGUUACUGAAAGAUGUUGUUCUUUCAUGUAAUUUUUAUAAAACUAUAAAUUACAUUUCUAUAAACUAAAACCCUGUCAUAGUACCAUAUGGUCUUUUCUAAAACAUUUUCUGUUUGUGUUAACAUGUUUAUAUUAUUUUUCCCUCGGUGGAGAUUAAAAUGAUGUUGAACAAUG